AAGACAGAGAGGGCACUCAAGACUGAACCAGAAGUGUUGGACAGGAACACGUAGCUGAGUCUGAGAGAGAAACCCAACAUAUAUAGCACAGCACAUCCAUUUGCUGCGCCUUGGCUGGUUGCUUGUUUUUGAGUUCCGCGCGUGUGUGCGUGAGAGAGAGACAGAAUAAGAUGGGCGUGGCGACGGUGACGGAGAUGAAGCAGAGCGUGAGCGUCUCCGGGAAGAAGAUGUUCCGGGCGAGCCUCAACAAUCGGCACGCCAAUGAAUGGCCUCCCACCGACGUCUCCAGCGACCUCGCCGUCGAAGUCGGCACGUCCAGCUUCGCCCUCCACAAGCUGCUCGCGCAGUUCCCGCUGGUGUCCCGGAGCGGCAAGAUCCGGCGGCUCGUGGCGGAGGCCAAGGACGCCAAGCUCGCGCGCCUCGCCCUCCACGCCACGCCCGGGGGCGCCCCGGCGUUCGAGCUCGCCGCCAAGUUCUGCUACGGCGUCCACGUCGACAUCACGGUCGCCAACGUCGCCAUGCUCCGCUGCGCCGCGCGCUACCUGCAGAUGACCGACGACUUCUCCGACAAGAACCUCGAGCUCCGCGCCGAGGCGUUCCUCCGCGACGCCGUCCUCCCCAGCAUCGCCAGCUCCGUCGCCGUGCUGCGCACCUGCGAGGCGCUGCUCCCGGCCGCCGAGGACGCCAACCUCGUCGCCCGCCUCAUCGCCGCCAUCGCCAGCAACGUCUGCAAGGAGCAGCUCGCGUCCGGGCUGCUCUCCAGGUUGGACCAGAGCGCGCAGCUCAAGCCGGCGGCGGGGAUCGUCGAGCUUGACUCGCCGGGGGACUGGUGGGGCAAGUCGGUCGCCGGCCUCGGACUGGACCUCUUCCAGCGACUGCUCUCCGCGGUCAAGUCCAAGGGCCUCAGGCAGGAGACGGUUACCCGGAUCCUCAUCAACUACGCCCAGAACUCGCUCUACGGGCUCAUGGCCUGCAGGGACACGCAGGCCGCCGACAAAUGCGGCGGCGUCACGGAUACGGACGCCGUCAAGAAACAGCGCGCCGUCGUCGAGACCAUCGUGGGCUUGCUGCCGGCGCAGUCCAAGAAGAGCCCCGUGCCAAUGGCCUUCCUCUCGGGGCUCCUCAAGACGGCAAUGGCGCUGUCCGCUUCCAGCAUAUGCAAGACCGACCUCGAGAAGCGGAUCGGCAUGCAGCUCGACCAGGCUAUCCUGGAGGACAUCCUGAUCGCCACCGGGUCCGGCGAGGCGUCGACGGCGGCCGCCGCGCAGCACCACACGCUGUACGACACAGACGUGGUGGCGAGGAUCUUCUCGGUGUUCCUCAACCUUGAUGAGGACACCGAGGAGGACGGCGGCGGGUGCGGCGGCUUCGACUACGACAGCCCGCGGUCCCCGAAGCAGAGCUCUAUAGUCAAGGCUUCGAAGCUGCUGGACAGCUACCUGGCCGAGAUCGCGCUGGAUUCGAACCUCGUCCCCGCCAAGUUCAUCUCCCUCGCCGAGAUCCUCCCUGACCACGCCCGCCUCGUCACCGACGGCAUCUACCGCGCCGUCGACAUCUUCCUCAAGGUGCACCCGAACAUCAAGGAGGCGGAGAGGUACCGGAUGUGCAAGGCGAUCGACUGCCAGCGGCUUACGCCGGACGCGUGCAGCCACGCGGCCCAAAACGAGCGGCUGCCGGUGCAGAUGGCGGUGCAGGUGCUCUACUUCGAGCAGAUCCGCCUGCGGAGCGCGAUCCAGUCCGGCGGAGGAGGCGGCGCCGGCGGCGGCGUCUUCGGCCAUGACGGGGCUCUCUUCUUCGGCGGCGCGGCGUCCGCGUCGACGGUCCAGGGCGGCGGCAGCAACAUGCGGUCCGGGAGCGGGGUGGGGAGCGGCGCGAUGUCGCCGCGGGACAACUACGCGUCGGUGCGGCGGGAGAACCGGGAGCUGAAGCUGGAGGUGUCGCGGAUGCGGAUGCGGCUGACGGACCUGGAGAAGGACCACGUGAGCAUGAAGCGGGAGCUGGUGCGCGUCAACCCGGCCAACCGCCUGCUGCGGAGCUUCGCGCGCAGCUUCGGCAGGCUCAACACGCUCUUCCGGAUGCGCCCGGCUGCCGAGCCUGGGUUGCAGCAGCUCGGCGCCAAGGCUACCGCCGACGCCAAGGUGCUCUUCCAGCGCCGCCGCCGCCAUUCCAUCUCGUAAAUAGACCACCGCGCGCCAGCUGAUCCGGCGUCUUGCGCGUUCUCGUAUGUGUGCAUAGCAAGUGAUAAAACGCCGUGAUUGAUCUACUUUUGAGCACUUGUACCCGACUAUUUUGUGGGGAUUGCAUGAUAUUCUGUUGAUAAUAGUUUGUCCGUGGGGAUUGCAUGA